CUGUGUCACGGUUUAAGGUGUUCUCAAUACGUUGUUAGAAUGACUGAUAGCGUUCUUCUCCCCCGCUUUGUGUGCUGCGGUACUUAAGGUGGUUUCACGGCGUUUGUGGAAUGCCCCGUCUGCCUCCUCCCGUUCUGUCGCUGUCCGGCUGCGAGAUAACCGCGCCGGGCAGAGGUCGCAGGGCAGGGGGUGCCAGUGAUGCCUCCCCAGAUGAAGGAGUCGAAGCAGAUCUGCCCAUUGUAGAUGAGAAAGCAGUGGAGCAGCUGGCCAAAGGGCUCAUUUCUCACUAUUUGCCUGAUCUUCAGAGAUCAAAAUCAGCUCUGCAGGAGCUUACACAGAACCAAGUGGUAUUACUAGAAACAUUAGAACAAGAAAUUACAAAGUUCAAAGAGUGUAAUUCCAUUCUUGACAUCAAUGCCUUGUUUUCAGAAGCUAAACACUAUCACAGCAAGUUAGUGAAUAUUAGAAAUGAAAUGAUGAUGCUCCAUGAGAAGACGUCUAAGUUAAAAAAAAGAGCACUUAAACUACAACAAAAGAGACAGAAAGAAGAACUGGAAAGAGAACAGCAACGUGAGAAGGAACUUGAGAGAGAGAAGCAGCUAACAGCAAAACCUGCAAGGAGGACAUGAAAGCAGAGCGUGCAAAAACUUGUCCAAACUAGUAAUUUCUGUAUUCUCUGGAGUUAAGGCAAACUUUGAUUAAAACAGGCUAUAGUUACUACUAGCAACGGUCUACUCUGGUGUUAUAAAUUCCAGAAUGUUAAUAAUCAGUGGGUAAAGUUCAAAUUUUUCACUUCAGUCAUUCAGGUUGCCUUCUUUUGUAAUGCUAUGCAGUUUGAUACUAUUACAGCAUAAGUUAAAUAUUGGAGAACCUAGGCAUCAUGGGUAUUUAAAUACCUAUAUAUUUUUAAUCUGUUCUUCUGGUGCUUAGAAUUCUGAGAGCUGUUUGGUGGUUGGCAUAAAUAUUUUCCAGACAAAAUACAGCAUCGUAGUUGUUAAAGUUCAGUUCUGGUCCCUGGACUUCAGAGCGCAUCUGUUAUACUGAAUCUGCAUUGAUUUUGGCAGUUGUGAUUUCUUCUCAGUGCUGUGAGUCAUAAAUACAGACUCUUUUUAUCAAUCUUGAUUUAGUCAGUUCUUGUUUUUUCCUUCUGUGUGACUAAUUGAGACAUAACCAGAGCUAGCAAUUUCAUCUUCGUGUGAAAUUCAGUUAUCUGUAGGAAAAGUUACUGCAUUUUUUUCAUUUAUUCAUGUGCAUUUAGGGGCUAUGUGAGCUAGUGUCUUAUGCUGUCCUUACUUAAAAUGAUUAUUAUUAGUGAACACUGAUGAUAAGUGUUGUAUGGAUGUUGAUAUCCAUUUCUCUGAAUUGAAUUACUUGCAGCACUUGGUGUGAACUCCCAUUCAAAUGAACAUACACGUUGUUCAGACUGGUAAAAGAGCUUUAAGCUGUUUGUCCCUACAGUCUAACAAACAAAUUAUGUUGUCUCUAUUAUGUAAGUAGUAGUGUAAGUGGCGUGUAUUGAAGUAAGAUGAAGGGCAGGCUAUGUAAAGCUUUCCAUACAAUAUGUAUGGUAAGACAUCCAAGGGGCACAGUCAAUAUUACUUUCAGUUUUAGGUGGUUUAAGCAUCGUACACCUGCUUGGACUCUACUGUGCUAUAUUUUUUGAAGUCCUAAUUUCCACUUGUAAUAUCCAUCUUUUUUUUCUGUGAACGGUCCACUGUAAUGAGUAGUCAUCAAAACGUUAUUGUAGUUUACUUUGUGAGUUUGGAGCAAGGAGAACAAACUACUUAAGUGGUCUGAAAUGCCUUUUCUGAAGUAGCAGUAGGUUAAAACUGAAAUUGGCUUUUGUUUUGUCUUAAUUGCCAGUGGAUUGUUGACCUGUGCUGUGGUUUAUGUGUAUUUCUAAAAGAAAUGUUAAAGAAUUUCUACAGUCCAUUUUUUGGAGCAAAAUGUACAUAAUUGAAUAUUGUUUAAGGUUUUGGGUUUUUAUUUUGUAAUGUAACUUCAAAAUUAGAUUUUAGGAAUUUAAAAAGUUCUUAUUAAAGCAUAACAUGAAA